AUGUUGACUGGCUUCUCUAAAUAUGGACAGUACUUUCUUUUGAGUCCUCAAUAUAGAUGCAUCUCAAUGCUCGGUCACUUGAAACCAGCGCCAAACUCUCAGGUCAACGAGAAAAGAGUUGGUAGAGGUCCGGGAUCAGGCUAUGGAAAAACAUCCGGACGAGGUCAGAAAGGUCAGAAAGCCAGGGGAUCGGUCCCCCACUGGUUUGAAGGUGGACAAACUCCAGUCUAUAAACUUUAUCCCAAGAGAGGCUUUAUUAGACACCAAAAGCUUGACUUGCACGAAGUUCCGUUGAUUAGAAUACAACAAUUUUACGAUUCAGGACGUUUGAAGUUGGCUCCUGGUGAGACACUUACAAUGAAAAAGAUGAAGGAAAUCGGACUGAUCACUGGAUCCUUGAAAGACGGAGUUGCCAUCUUAGGUACUGGAGCUCCAGUCUACAAGCUCAAUAUAAACAUAGAGUCGACCAAAGCUACGCAAACAGCGAUCGAGACUAUUGAAAAUAAUGGUGGGAAAUAUACCGCGAGGUAUUUUUCGAGAUCUUUGGGUUACCAAGUUCACAUGGCUCCUGAGCGUUUCAUGCGCUCGAAAGGCUACGUCCCCAUGCAGGCGAAACCAAUUGCUAGACGUGAUAUUCUCUAUUACACUAGUCCAGAAAAGCGUGGAUACCUAGCUGGCUCUGAUUUUGCUCGAAUCGUGAAGGACGGAGCUACAAGGGCUUCGGUUGCAAGAAAAGAAAUCAAAUCGCCAUUGGUCAAACACUUGGAAGAGCUCUCAAAGUCCGAGCGGAAAGACUAUGGCAUCAAUGCAUUCACCAACAACACCAUUGUGAACUUCUCUGACUUAAAAUUAUAG